CGUGGACACCGGCAGCGUGCCGGCUGUCAUAGCCGCUGCGGAUGCUGCGGCGAGCGCACCUGUCGUACGCACUAUAAACAAACAACGCACAACAAACACGCGGCCCUGAAUAAAUGAAAUAAAACAAUACACGAGACUACUGUGAAAUGAACAGUGUGAGUUUAGUGACAGUGACAAUAAAUUACCAUAGAUCUAGGUUACCCUAGAAGUAUCCGCGUCUGUGCAUCUGGAUCAUCCGUAGGUCGGCGGGGCGAUGUUAAGUGCGGCUGUGGCGGCGCUGGCGUGGCUCUGCUUGGCGCGCACUUCGCUCGCAGAGCCUCAUAGCCUGCGUACGUACACACAAGCCUCACAUAACCCUAAGGACUUAACCAGUAUAUUGGUGAACAUUGAGGAACGGUUAAGACAACUGGAUAUCGUCAGUGCUAUGCAAGUGAAACAGGCUCGGCGGCUUGACGUCGUACAAGACAAAUUAGACCGUUUAGAGACCGCUCUGUCUUUGCGGUUAGAGAGAGCUCAACUAGCAGCGGAAAGACUAGAACACCGAUUACAUAUGCUUCAAACAAGCGUGCAAACAUCUAUCAAAGAAAGCAGUGAAAAGAUAGAAAGCGGUCAGGCAAAAAUUGCGGAGGUUGCCCAAAAUUUGACUAAUCAAAUUGAUGUGCACAGGCGGUUAUUAGAUAAGGCAAACGGCGCCUAUGCGGAUACGUGGCAUCGUGGUUUAGUAAUGGAAUCUCUAAUGCGCGACGGGUUAUCCUUGGUAAAUGUAACUCGUCGUGAACUUGCCGACGGCCUGCGAACCCUAGCGAGACGUCAGCGCGACGCCAGACUAAGUACUGCUGAUUUGGAAGCCAGUUUUAUGAGACGAGUCACAGAUAAAACAAAUAAAAUUGAUUUGAAGAUGCAAGAAGUACUAGAAAUGCAAAAACGAUUCAUUGAUUCUUGUCAACGCGUACAACUCGAUGACCCCACUCAAGUAGCAGAUGUACUGGACAAAUUAAUCGACUCAGUUAUCAAUAAGACUGCAGCGACAUUCCAUGAAUUACAAAACAUACAAGUCACAAUGCGAAAUCAUAAUUCAAAAGUUAUCAAGUUACUCAGUACAGCUCGCCAAACACAGACCGACGCCACCUGCCGGCGACUGGAAAGUGUAUUUCGUAACGCAUCCCAAACAACUCUAAAGGAGAAUGAAUUGCAACAGUUAAUUGAGAAAUUCGUGGAUUUGACAAAUCGUGCGGACGCAGCACUGCAGCGUCUGGAGCGUCGCAUGAGAGAGGACAAUGACGAACCAGCCCCGCCGUCCGACGUCACUGCAGCAGCUGAUAGGCUUCUGCUCAAACUUAAAGGAAUCAAGGGCGAAAAUGAUUCUGAUGAAGAAAUGGAUUGGGCGGAAGAGGACCAAGACAGUGGCUACUACGACGACGGAGGCGGUGGCGGCGAUAUAAUGGAUGAAGACAAGAAAAUAUUGAGUGGAGCAACUGGAGGGAAACAGAUGGCCGACAGUGCUACAGCGCGUCCACUACAUCGAAGGCAUCUCCACAAACACCCAUAUGACCGUGGCCCAGGCUGGAGAGAUGCGCCUAUACCAUAAUAUUAAAUGUUUAAUAUAAUAUGUAUAAUA